CUAUACUAAAGAAAGGGCAGAGAAGGUUGUUUUAUGCAUCAACAAAACAAGGUCUUAGCUUCCCUGUCAGUAUCACAACAUAACUGCUGUUGAACCUCUGCUUUCAGACUAGCUUGCGGUUCAAAGUUUUGUGAAUUAAAUUUAUGACACAUACAAAUACUAUAUAGUACUAUUAUAUUAUAGUAUAUACUGGACUUGUGUUGGAUCCUUUGAUCUUGUGGUUUUGAUGUCGAGAUCUUUGAAACAUGAUUACAUAGGGUUGGCAGAGAAUCCGUCAAUGGAUGGAAGCUCUGACAAACUGUCUUCUUCUGAAGAUGGUAAAACCUUGAAGGAGACAGAGCUGAGGCUUGGCCUCCCUGGUAGCGAGAGAAAAUCAGGUGGUGGAGGAGUGUGUCUUUUUGGGAAGGAGUUGCAUAAUGUUUUGAAGGCUGGGGCUAAGAGGGGCUUCUCUGAUGCUAUUGUCACUGAUGGAUCUCAAGGACAAGGACCUUCUUUCUUCUCUCCCAAUGUUGACAAAACUCUUGUUGCUUUAGACACUCAAACUAACACCAACAAAGACCUUGCCAAACCGGUUCAGGAAAAGAAUGAUCAGGUUGCUGCAACAAAUGGCCAUGCCACUGCUCCUGCUGCUAAAGCACAGGUUGUGGGAUGGCCACCAAUUCGAUCUUUCCGAAAGAACACGAUGGCCUCUAAUUUGACAAAGAACAAUGAAGAAGCUGAGGGAAAACCUGGGUUUGGUUGUCUUUAUGUGAAAGUCAGUAUGGAUGGUGCCCCUUAUCUUAGAAAGGUUGAUCUCAAAACCUAUUACAACUAUAUGGAGCUUUCUUCAGCUCUUGAGAAGAUGUUCAGCUGCUUCACCAUUGGUCAAUGCAAUUCUCCUGGACUUCCUGGGAAAGAUGGACUAAGUGAGAGCUCUUUGAGGGAUCUUCUCCACGGAUCUGAGUAUGUUCUUACAUAUGAAGAUAAAGAUGGAGAUUGGAUGCUUGUGGGUGAUGUUCCAUGGGAAAUGUUCACUGAUUCAUGUCGGAGACUAAGGAUAAUGAAAGGCUCUGAAGCAAUUGGGCUAGCUCCAAGAGCCAUGGAAAAAUGUAGAAGCCAAAACUAAUGCAGAAAAACCCGUUACACCAAAACGGGCUAUUCACUGAAGCAUAUAAAGAUUUACAAGGGCGUUUGAGUUUAUGAUUCUGUUCAAAAUCAAAAACUUAUGUUAUUCAGUGUCUCAGUUUUUGUGCAUUAAUAGUCUGACAAGUUAUUAGAAUUCAACUGGAGACAUCCAGACAGAUAUAUAUACACAUAUUUUGUUUGUUUCUCUAUUUUGUGUAUCUGGAUUUUAGUUUCUGUAUAAAAGAAUUGCUUGUCGUGCUUCUAUAAAUUUUCUUCAUGUAUUUGUUUUAAUAUA